UGUUGGAGCGCGUUCCGUGUUCCUCCAGCAUCUCUCCUGAUGAGAUCUGCCUCAGGUGCGCUGGGAGGAGUCUUCAGUUCUGUGCCAGUCCGCCUCAUCAGAGCAAAGACACUUAAACCGUUAAACCAGCUCGGUCCUCAGACAGGUCUUUCUCAAAACAAGAUGAAGAAGUUCCUGUUGUUGCUUCUCUUCUGUCACGUCUCAUCUCCAGUGAAACACUCACUCAAGUUUUUCUCCACUGCAUCUUCUGGACUCCCAAACUUGUCAGAGUACAUGGCUACAGCAGCGGUGGAUGAAGUUCUGGCGGGUUACUGCGACAGCAACAAAAAGAUAGUAGAACCCAGACAUGACUUGGUGAAAACAUUUGUAGAAAAAAAUCCUCAGCAGUUGGAGUUUUACACUCAAAGAUGUUUUGAGGAUGAGCCAAUCUUAUUCAAAGCCAUGAUUGAUAACUUCAAGCAAUGCUUCAACCAAAGUGGAGGUGUCCACAUUCUCCAGAGUAUGACUGGCUGUGAGUGGGACGAUGAGACUAGAGAGGUCAAUGGUUUUAUGCAGUAUGGUUAUGAUGGAGAAGACUUCAUAGCAUUGGACCUGAAGACAUCGACAUGGAUCGCUCUGAAACCACAGGCUGUCAUCAUCAAACAAAGUUGGGAUGCUGAGAUAUCUGAAAUAAAAUACAAUGAGAUUCUCCUCACUAAGAUUUGUCCUGAAUUGCUGAAGAUGUGUGUGGACUACGCCAAGAGCUUUCUGCUGAGAAAAGAUCUUCCCUCAGUGUCUCUCCUCCAGAAGUCUCCCUCCUCUCCAGUCAGCUGCCACGCUACAGGUUUCUACCCUGACAGAGCCAUGAUGUUCUGGAGGAAAGAUGGAGAGGAGCUUCAUGAGGACGUGGACCUCGGAGAGAUCCUCCCCAACCACGAUGGAUCCUUCCAGAUGAGUGUUGACCUGGACCUUUCAUCAGUCCCAGCUGGAGACUGGAGGAGGUACGACUGUGUGUUUCAUCUCUCUGGUGUGGAGGACGACAUCAUCACCAAACUGGACAAAGCAGAGAUCAGGACCAACAGAGGUCUUCAUUUUCACAUGAUCGUCCCCAUCACUGCUGCAGUGGUUGUUCUUGUUCUCGUCCUCAUCGCUGCCACUGGAUUCAUUGUUCACAAAAGGAAAAAAGCUAAAUGUCCUCGAUCUUGUCCUGACAGCAGCUCUGAGAGAGACCUGACUCAAAAAAAAAAGUCAACUUUGAUACAAACAGACACUCCCUCUUCAAAGAAAAAAACACAGAAUACAGAACAGAACCAGCUCGGUCCUCAGACACGUCUUUAUCAAAACAAGAUGAAAAAGUUCCUGUUGUUGCUUCUCUUCUGUCACGUCUCAUCUCCAGUGAAACACUCACUCAAGUUUUUCUUCAUGGCAUCUUCUGGAGUCCCAAACUUGUCCGAGUUUGUGGGUGCUGCAGCGGUGGAUGAAGUUCUGGUGGCUUACUGCGACACCAACAAAAAGAUAGUAGAACCAAAACAGGACUGGGUGAAAACAUUUUUUGAAAACAAUCCUCAGCAUCGGGAAAGGUACACUGCAGAGUGUUUUGAGAGGCUGCCUAACUUAUUCAAAGCCUGGAUUAAUGACAUGAAGCAGUGCUUAAACCAAACUGGAGGUGUCCACAUUCUCCAGAGGAUGGAAGGCUGUGAGUGGGACGAUGAGACUGGAGAGGUCAAUGGUUUUAAUCAGUUUGGUUAUAAUGGAGAAGACUUCAUAGCAUUCGACCUGAAGACAUCGACAUGGAUCGCUCCGAAACCACAAGCUGUCAUCACCAAACAUAGAUGGGAUGCUGAGAUAUCUAGAAUAAAAUACAUUGAGAUUCUCCUCACUGAGAUGUAUCUUCAAUGGCUGAAGAUGUAUUUGGACUACGGCAAGAGCUCUCUGCUGAUAAAAGAUCUUCCCUCAGUGUCUCUCCUCCAGAAGUCUCCCUCCUCUCCAGUCAGCUGCCACGCUACAGGUUUCUACCCUGACAGAGCCAUGAUGUUCUGGAGGAAAGAUGGAGAGGAGCUUCAUGAGGACGUGGACCUCGGAGAGAUCCUCCCCAACCACGAUGGAUCCUUCCAGAUGAGUGUUGACCUGGACCUUUCAUCAGUCCCAGCUGAAGACUGGAGGAGGUACGACUGUGUGUUUCAUCUCUCUGGUGUGGAGGACGACAUCAUCACCAAACUGGACAAAGCAGAGAUCAGGACCAACAGAGAGAAGCCCACUAACAUGACCAUCCCCAUCAUGGCUGCAGUGGUUGUUCUGGCUCUCGUCCUCCUCGCUGUGAUCGGAGUCCUAGUUUACAGAAAGAAGAAAGGUGAGACACUCAAACUUGUCCUGUUUGUAAGUGUGUUCCCUGUAUACACUAAGAUAGUGAUUCCCAACCUGGGGUAUGUGGACGGGACCUCUGCUGUUUCCAGGGGGUAGGUGGAAAGAUUGUAG